GAGAGGAAGAGCUCAGAUUCUUCAGUUAACUGUCAUCUACUCCCCCCCUCACCCCACUACAGUCAUACACUGAACCUCCGAGAUCGAGGUGACCUCUCUCCAUAGCUGACUCCCUUCAGUGACCAGGAUAAAUGGACUCUUGGUCAGGAAGAAUCUCCCCUUGAUGAGUCCCACUUCUUCUACGGGAAGGGUUUGACUGGGCACACAGACCUACCACCAUGGCAGGAACCUCAAAACGUCCCUGCUCUCCCUGCUCUCCCUGCUCUCCCUGCUCUCCCUGCUCCCCACAACCUUCCAGCCCCAGACCUUCCUCCUGCGAGAUGUUUGGCUACGUGGGGAUUGAGGCUGUGCUGGACCAGCUGAAGAUCAAAGCUAUGAAAACUGGUUUUGAAUUCAACAUCAUGGUUGUUGGGAGGAGUGGAUUAGGUAAGUCCACAAUGGUAAACACUUUGUUCAAGUCCAAGGUGUGGAAAUCAUCACCAGUGAACAAGUUGGGACCUUUACCUCAAACCCUUCAACUGCAAUCUGUUACCCAUACAAUUGAGGAGAAGGGAGUGAAACUGAAGCUGACAGUGACAGACACACCUGGAUUUGGGGACCAGAUCAACAAUGACAAGUGUUGGGACCCCAUCCUGAACUACAUCAAUGAUCAAUAUGAGCGCUACCUGCAGGAGGAAGUUCUCAUCACUCGGCAGCACCACAUCCCUGACACCCGAGUGCACAUCUGUGUGUACUUUGUGCCUCCCACAGGGCACUGCCUUCGGCCUCUAGACAUUGAGUUUCUGAAGCGUCUAUGUCGAGUGGUAAAUGUUGUUCCCGUUAUUGCCCGGGCAGACAGCCUCACCUUAGAAGAGAGGGAAGCUUUCAGGUGGCAGAUUCAGGAGGAUCUGAAGAACAAUGGCAUCUUUGUUUACCCCCAGAAGUGCUUUGAUGAAGACACUAAUGACAAAACUUUGAAUGACAAGAUCCGGGAGAAGAUCCCUUUUGCUGUGGUUGGAGCAGAUCGUGAACAUAUGGUUAAUGGGAAAUGUGUCCUUGGCCGGAAGACAAAAUGGGGAAUCAUUGAAGUGGAGAACAUGGCUCAUUGUGAAUUCCCACUCCUGAGAGACCUGCUCAUUCGGAUUAAAAUUCAUUCCAGGCUCCUUCCACAAAUUUUGCAGCCUAAAUUCUACCUAAAGCAUCAAUGGGUAUAAGGCCUUCCAAUUCCAGCUGUUUCCACUUCCUUUGGCUUGUCUCUUGAGAUGCUGGUGAAGCUGUGACCACGAAUGACUGGCUCCUGCAAGGGAUACCCAAAGGACUGGAAGCAGAAAUCGGGGUCCCACACCAGGCAUGAUGGGGGUCAUUUUCAACUCUCCCUGUCCCACUCCAGAGAAGGUGCAAGAUUGGACACCGGGCCAUCUCGCAUCCUGCGCCUCAGUUUCCACCCUGGGCACUUGGAGGCACUUACAGACCCUUCCUUCUUGGAGACUGGGGGGAGAGGAUGGGGGCAGAGGAAGGAAUAAAAGAAUAUCAAACUAUUUUGGAGAUAACUCUAUUCCCCAGAGCUAAGACCCAGCAAGCAAACUGUGUCCUGAGCUUGGCUUAAUCCUUUGUGCUCAGGAUAUGACCCUUUGACAAAGCGCAUUGCUUGGAAUAACACUGGGUGUUUAUUGGGAUUGAGCUCCCCCUGUUACCUGGGGCCAUCCCAUCACAUGUUCACAAACCUUGUUCCUUGUCCCUGCUAAGUACUUCACACACCCCAUCAUAGAACUCUGGGUGUGGCCCAGUCCUCAAGACUUGAGAUAACCCUGUUACCACAGGGGCUUGUGGAAACAGUAACUCUAGACCUAAAAAUGAUUGUCACAAUCCAGCCCACUUGUGGGCCUGCCUUUGGUCCAGCAUGUAAAGCCACCCUUAGGAAGGGGGCUUCCAAAUUUUUCUCACUCUGAAAUUAAACUUGCGUCUAUGUCCUGAUUCUCCUGU